CGGGAGGCUCGGCGCGGCCGUUGGGGCCGUUGGAGGAGGAAGGCGAGCGGUGACCCCCGGCCGCGCCUGGAGGAGGAGGUGGGAGGACAGGGAACAACUUACUGGUGAAACCUGGAGACGCUGGAGAACUAAAUUCACAGACUGAGAGAGAUGCCUACAUAGAAGAGUGACAGCAGCUGGGCUGAAUGUUUCACUGCUGAACUGGUUCCUCAGGUAUCCUGGCUCUGGCGAUUGCUAUGGGAGAUUGGAUGACUGUUACAGAUCCAGGUCUGUCUUCAGAAAGCAAAUAUAUCUCUCAAUAUACCUCAGAAACAAAGAUGUCUCCAUCAAGUUUAUACUCACAGCAAGUGCUAUGCUCUUCAAUACCUUUAUCAAAAAAUGUGCACAGUUUUUUUAGUGCCUUCUGCACAGAAGAGAAUAUUGAACAAAGUAUUUCAUAUCUUGAUCAGGAAUUGACUACUUUCGGUUUUCCUUCAUUAUAUGAAGAAUCCAAAGGUAAAGAGACAAAGAGAGAAUUAAAUAUAGUUGCUGUUUUAAAUUGUAUGAAUGAGCUACUUGUACUUCAGCGGAAGAACCUUCUAGCUCAGGAAAAUGUGGAAACACAGAAUCUGAAACUGGGAAGCGAUAUGGACCAUCUGCAGAACUGCUAUGCAAAACUUAAGGAGCAGCUGGAAACCUCCAGGAGAGAAAUGAUUGGUCUUCAGGAAAGAGACAGACAGUUACAAUGCAAGAACAGGAAUUUGCAUCAGCUACUGAAAAAUGAGAAAGAUGAGGUGCAGAAAUUACAAAACAUUAUUGCAAGUCGAGCUACUCAAUAUAAUCAUGAUAUGAAGAGAAAAGAGCGUGAAUAUAAUAAACUAAAGGAACGUCUACAUCAACUUGUUAUGAACAAGAAGGAUAAAAAAAUAGCUAUGGAAGUUUUAAAUUACGUGGGGAGAGCAGAUGGAAAAAGAGGCUCCUGGAGGACGGGUAAAACUGAAGCCAGUUUCUUUCUCAGGAACGAAGAUGAAAUGUAUAAAAUUCUCUUGAAUGAUUAUGAAUAUCGUCAGAAACAAAUCCUAAUGGAAAAUGCUGAACUUAAGAAGGUUCUUCAGCAAAUGAAAAAGGAAAUGAUUUCUCUUCUUUCUCCCCAAAAGCAGAAACCUAGAGAAAGAGCAGAUGAUAGUACAGGAACUGUUAUCUCUGAUAUUGAAGAAGAUGCUGGGGAACUGAGUAGAGAGAGUACGUGGGACCUUUCCUGUGAAACUGUGAGAGAGCAGCUUACCAACAGCAUCAGAAAACAGUGGAGAAUUUUGAAAAGUCAUGUAGAAAAACUUGAUAACCAAGUUUCAAAGGUACACCUAGAAGGUUUUAAUGAUGAAGAUGUAAUCUCACGUCAAGACCAUGAACAAGAAACUGAAAAACUUGAGUUAGAAAUUCAACAGUGUAAAGAAAUGAUUAAAACUCAGCAGCAACUUUUACAGCAGCAGCUCGCUACUGCGUGUGAUGAUGACACCACUUCACUGCUCCGAGACUGUUACUUGUUGGAAGAAAAGGAACGCCUCAAAGAAGAAUGGUCCCUAUUUAAGGAGCAAAAGAAGAAUUUCGAGAAAGAAAGACGAAGCUUUACAGAAGCAGCUAUUCGCCUAGGAUUGGAGAGAAAGGCAUUUGAAGAAGAAAGAGCCAGUUGGUUAAAGCAACAGUUUCUAAAUAUGACUACCUUUGACCACCAGAACUCAGAAAAUGUGAAACUUUUCAGUGCCUUCUCAGGAAGUUCUGAUCGGGACAACCCUACAGUACACUCGAGGCCACGGCAAAAGAAGCCUCACGGUGCGCCUAGUGGGUCUCCAGUUUGCACGUCUAAACUUACUAAAUCUCUUCCUGCUUCUCCUUCGACUUCAGACUUUUGCCAGAUGCGUUCCUGUGUAUCUGAAUAUAGCAGUUCUAUCAGUGUACUAAAUACAACCCCUGAAGAAUCUAAGCCAAAUCAGGUUGGAAGAGAAUGUACAAAUCAGAAGUGGAGCGUGGCAUCAAGGCCUGAUUCACAGGAAGGUUGCUGUAGUGGAUGCUCCUCGACCCACGCAGAUGCUCACAUAGAGAAGGAUGACUUACCUUAGACAUGUGAACUGGGAUUUUGUUUUUUUUUCAUUAACAUGUUCAUCAAAUUUCACAUCUGAGUUGAAACAGGGUGUGUUAUAAAGUCAAUCAUCUCUAAUAAUUUAAAAUGGUCUGUGUUGUUUGUUUGGACUUCCCUGUCCCUCCCCCAAAGAGCUAAAAUGUUAAAUCUAUUUAAAAGGAUAUAAAAGCUUUGGAUAUGUAUUUUUAGUAACAGAAGCACCUGGUUCUGUGAAUAAAGGAAUGUAUAAACGUCUGGAUGCAAACAAAGCACUAGAAUGAGUUUCCUCUUAUAGGUAUUAAAAAUAGCACUUUUAGGAAACUGAUUAUUGUAAAUGUUUAAUUUUGUCUCAUAUAUAGUUGGCAUUGGAAGUUUAGCCUUUCCUUGAAUGUAUACUGUAGCUUUUUAACAAAGCAAGUUAUAUAUUUAUUAUGUUUAGUGUGAUUUGAAAUACCCUCUUUCAUAUGUUUUAAAUAAAGUGAAAUUUAUGUAUGUUUUGUACAUAGAUAUACAUGAUUAUGUUAAGAGGCUUUAAGAUUUAAAGAUUUUACACAUCCAUAAUUAUAGUAUUUCAUGCCAAUAAAAUUUUUGUUAGUGAUAUUCUGUUUACAGAUGUAUUAGAGCCAUUGCCACCUUAUGUUUAAGAAUUUUUUGAACCCAUCUGAGCAAUAAAUACUGAAAAGGUAUUCCAUGAAGCCAAGUUCUUUAGAUCAUUAACAUUACUAAUGUUACAUUUUGGAGAUUUCUGUAGCAUUAGGUUCUUUUAAUAUGCAGGAUACUACAAUUUUUCAAAGGAUUAUUGAUUUUAGCGUAAUAGAGGUAAGACAAGAGUACCUUUGGAUGAAACAAUUUAAGAAUAUUGGCUUAGGAUAUUUGGAUGAUAGAAGAUAUUAAGAUAUUUAAGAUGUUUGGAUGGUGAUAUUUUCUCUACCAGAUGGGUACCCAUACCGUAACACCUGUACCAGCAAAGGCUUUGUAUAGUUGCCAGUAAUUCUUUAAUAAUUUUUCAAUGAGAUAUUUACUGAUAAGGAAAUCUGAUAACAUAAAAGCAUCAGAUUUUAUAGUCCAGAUAUGAUACUCUGGACAAACUUGUCAUUUCACUUUCAGGACUGAUUGCAUGAUUCUUCAUGGUUGUUAUUGUUAUUAUUAUUGAUAGUAAGAAUAAUGUAAGUGUGGGCCCAAGCACUUUCCUAGAAUUUUCAUCAGAAAGCUUUAAGUACCUAACUCUAUUUGUCUCUGCAUGUAGAAGCCUACACAUACCCAGUCCUUGCUAUAGGUAUUGUAGUUUAGGCCCAUCUGCCUUCCCAUUUUCUAGCAGUUUAACCAUUUGUAUUCACUCACCUGGUUGUGGCUGUUCAGUUUAAAUUUGUCAUGUUAAAAAAGUACUUUUGUCGGGCUUCCCUGGUGGCUCAGUGGUUGAGAGUCCACCUGCCAAUGCAGGAGAGGCCACAACAGUGAGAGGCCCAUGUACUGGGGAAAAAAAAAAAGUACUUUUGUCAUCCACUCACUCACUAUAUAUAUAUAACUCUUUGGAGUUGCGUAGCAGCAGCCAUUUUUUCAGGGUUAAUAGCAUAUUAUUGAGUAUCUUGUAAGACAUUAGUGAAAGUGCUCAUGAGAAAGUACCACAUUUAUAGUCUCAAAAAGCUGGCUCUUGAGCAAAAGCAAAUUAGUCACCACAUUCAGCUUGGUGCAUGCCCCUUUUUUACCAUUUAAAAAUAUUAGAAAUGAUGCAGAAUUUCAGAAGUAGUACUGUACUCCAAAGGAAGAAACAGCUGUGAUAUCGUUCUUUUGCUACUGAGCAAUAACGUGAUCAAAGAAAAGCAAUCAAAUUUUCUAAAUAGGCAGUGAUACAUUUGUCAAGAAUUGGGGUUUUCUUUUCAGGGCUUUCCAUGAUAUACUUGGCUAGAAACAGUGUUCUAAUUUUUAGAGUAAUCUCUUUUAGGAAUAUUGCAUUCCACAAUGAUGAAUUUCUACAAAGCAGCAUCAGUUUUUUGUUUUUUUCAUUUUAAAGUUGGUUGAAUUCUCAUAUUGGAGAGAGAAAUUCCCUUGAGACUUACUUUGAAAUCUAAGGUGUGAAAGAAACAGUAAAAUGAAAGCCAGGAUCAUUGUGCUUUUGAUAAAAGAUCUGCCAGUAGUUGUAUGUUUUACUUAACAGCGUAGAGUUUGCUUUACAUUCCGGCUCCAGUGAUGAUUCCUAGUCAUGCUAAACUUCCUAGAAUGUUGAAACGGUUUCCAUGCUGGAUAACUCCUGACUCCACACAUAAAACUCCUAGAUUUUAUUUGCCUUCCCUCUCUAGGUGUUUGCAGUUUACUAGUAAUACAGCCGUGCUGCAGUCUUGCAUUUAGCCAAGAUGAGGUGAGAGAGAACCAUGUUCACUUUUGCUUGAAAGUCUUCCUGACCAUUUUCAGUGUCUUCUUCUUUAUCAGGAUGCAGAUCUGAAACAUUCCGUGCCUUAUUUGUUUUUAUCCAUUUUGAAUUUUCAAAGCAUAAAGGUGGCAAAGAAAAUUUAAGAGAUUUUAUUUCCUACUCUUAAAUGUUUAUAUCUUCAAUUUAUGAUGAGAAACUUAAUAGAACAAUCCUACCAGAAAAUUAAGAUUAAACUUAAUAAAUAGGUACUUUCUUGUAGAAGCAAUGUAUUAAAUGUGUAGGUUCACGGAGCAAUCCAUGGCAAAUUGUUUUCCUCAUGGUAUAAUUAAAAUACUGUCGUUACUUAGAAUUGCAUUUUUCAUACUUUUGCUGACCAGACUUGUUCAUAGGCCUAUGGUAACACUUUUUUGGGGGAAACAUAUUCCAUAGUACAUGGUGAGAAGGAGAGCGCCCUAGAAUCCAGUUUUGACCUGCCCUGGUGGAGCGUUUGAAAACGCCCGGAAUGCCAGGAGAGGUUUUGCAGUGUGUACGCGCGGAACGCUGUGAGCUAGCAAACCCCUUAUGUGAUUGCCCUGUUGUAAAAGUCUUGAACACCUGUUGCCUGAUGUAAAUCAUGUUCUUAUUUCUAGAUUGGAUUUAAACUAAGUAUGGGUCUUGGAAGUCUAGUAAAUAUACUUCUCCCUAUGUUUGUCCUUAAUUUUUUUCAUUCUUUUCAUAAGCAUAUAAAAGUAACUGCUGUGUGUCAGGGCUUAUUACUACCUUUUGUUACUGGGGAGGGAAAGACAACUAAGCAUGCUCCCUGCCACUGAGAAUCUCUGGGUUGAGUGGAAGACCAGCUGUAUAAACCUAAAUUGUCAUAAACAAUGGGAGAUGCUGUUCAGACAUUCGGUCUGGUGAUAAAACUUGGACUCGUUGUUCUGCUCCAGGAUCACGUAUCCGUCUCCUAACAGUGACGUGGCAAGCUUCUAGUUAAAGAGUCUUUGCAUUAUUUCCUAUGGGAAGAACUAUGUAAUUAAUAUAUUACUGUUUUGUUUUUGUUGGGUGUUGGGUUUUGUUUUUGUUUUCUACAAUCAAAAUACCUGCAAAGCAGCAUUAAGAAUUUCUGCCCACAAGAACAUGUAUUAUUAUCUAAUAGAAAAAGAAUUUACAAAGAUUUGGGCCAUGUAGAUAAGGAUAAUAAGAUAGGUUAUUCUAGUCAUUUCUCUAAAUAUGUUUUUAUCAGGUUGGAUGUAGAUUAAAGUGGAAUGGACUGAUUAAAUUAUUUGAUUUCUAUAAAAAUA